AUGCCAUCAAGAUCCUUUUAUGAAGAAAAUUAUGAAUCAAUUCAACCAAAACCAGGUACAAUUUUACCAAUUUCUCCAAAAUUAAAAUCAGAAGAAAGUUCACAUGGUGAAUUUGAAGAAGUUGAUGGAAUGAUUAUAAGAUCUACUCCAACAUUAGAACGUUUAAAUAAUAAUUUACGUAAUUCAUUUAUUAACAAAUUUCAAAUUUUUGAAUAUGAAUUAAAAAAUUUAAAUCAUGCUUUUAAAAAUGAAUUUAGAAAUUUACAAUCAUCAUACAACAAAACUGUUAAAGAACCAAUUUUACCUAAUUUAAUAUAUAUUUUAACAUUCACAUUAACAGGUUCAAUAUUAGUACGUAAAAGAAAUUUGGGAUUAAGAUUUGUAACACCACUAAUUUUUGGAAAUAUUGCAACUGCUUAUACUAUGCCAAAAACUUAUAACAACCUAGCAAAAGAUUAUGUUGAUAUUGAACGUAAAUACGUACCUGAUUUCCACCACAGAAGAAUUGAAGCAGGACAUGCUUUGGGGAGAUGGAGUGAUGAAUUUGAAGCUACAAGAGUUAGAGUUAAUGAUGAUGUUAUAAAAAAUGUUUCUUGGUUUAGACAAGAAAUUGAAAAGAAAUUUUCUUAA